GCUGACAAAGCAACUCCCGCGCAACGGUAAAUCCCUCGAUCUCGGCUCAGUCGCCGUAGCGGCCUUAACCGUCAUGGGUCGCUCUUUAAACGCGUUCGCUCGCGCCGCAGCUACAACAAACCCCGUAAAAUACCAAAUUCGCUAUGCAACUACCGGUUGCCCAUUUACGAAACGGCAAAAUUCUCAAAUUGCACCAACAGUUAUGCUCAACGAGGAAAUCUUCGCGAAUGCUAAAUCGUAUUCUGAAGUACCAGGGCCUAGACCAAUUCCUAUUUUGGGCAAUACUUGGCGAAUGAUCCCUUACAUUGGUCAAUACGAUAUUUCCCAAUUUGCGAAAGUAACUAAACAUUUUCUUGAUGAAUAUGGGAAGAUAGUCAGACUUGGAGGAUUAAUCGGAAGACCGGAUUUGCUGUUUGUGUAUGAUGCAGAUGAGAUUGAGAGGAUGUACAGGAGAGAAGGUCCAACGCCUUUCAGACCUGCUAUGCCUUGCCUCGUGAAAUAUAAGUCUGAAGUGCGUAAGGAUUUCUUUGGAGAACUACCUGGAGUCGUUGGAGUUCAUGGCGACCAAUGGCGCAGAUUUCGCUCUAAAGUGCAACGUCCGAUUCUCCAGCCGCAGACAGUAAAGAAAUACGUCGCUCCGAUCGAGAUGGUGACUGAAGACUUCAUCAGGUACAUGGAGAAGGCCAGGGAUGAGGAUGGAGACCUGCCACAUGAGUUCGACAAUGACAUACAUCGGUGGUCCCUUGAAUGUAUCGGCCGUGUAGCGUUGGACGUCAGAUUAGGUUGUUUAUCAUCGGACUUCAGUAGCAACCCUGAACCACAGCGUAUCAUCGAUGCAGCGAAAUUUGCGCUGAGAAAUGUAGCUGUAUUGGAACUGAAAGCACCAUAUUGGAGAUACGUUCCGACCCCACUUUGGACUAAAUAUGUGAACAAUAUGAAUUUCUUUGUCGAGCUCUGCUCUCGCUACAUCAACGAGGCUUUGGAACGAUUGAAAACCAAAAAAGUGACUUCUGAGAAUGACCUUUCCCUACUGGAACGUGUGUUGCAAAGUGAAGGGGACCCUAAGAUAGCAACUAUCAUGGCACUCGAUCUGAUCCUUGUUGGAAUUGACACGAUAUCAAUGGCAGUAUGUUCCAUCCUGUACCAAGCAGCAACAAGAUUGAAACAACAAGAGAAAAUGGCAGAAGAAAUCAAACGAGUCCUACCGGAUCCAAGCAAACCUAUCUCUUAUGCCGAUUUGGAUAAGUUACAUUACACUAAGGCUUUCGUUAGAGAAGUUUUCAGAAUGUAUUCUACAGUCAUCGGUAAUGGCAGAACAUUGCAAGAAGAUGACGUUAUUUGUGGAUAUCAUAUUCCUAAAGGUGUUCAAGUGGUAUUCCCCACGAUAGUGACUGGUAACAUGGACCAGUUCGUCUCCGAUCCUAAAGAAUUCAAACCGGAGAGAUGGCUUCAGUCAGAUGGUAGACUACAUCCAUUCGCAUCUCUUCCUUAUGGUUUUGGAGCCAGGAUUUGCUUAGGUCGGCGGUUCGCCGACCUUGAGAUACAAGUGUUGUUGGCAAAGUUGCUCCGCCGUUAUCGACUGGAAUACCACCAUGAGCCCUUGGAGUACGCUGUCACGUUUAUGUACGCACCUGACGGGCCGCUACGAUUGCGCAUGAUUGAACGAUAGAUUUAUCUCACAUUGACAUAAUAUGGUUUACAAGACGUAGAUAAUGGACUCUCCACCAAAUUAAACUUUGUUUUUAUAAUGUAUUUGUUCAUUUAUUUAUUCAAUUUAGUUAAACGAGCGUUUCUUUCUCAAAGUAAUAUAGUUAAUCUUGGUCACCUCACACGUCCCGUAGACCAUAUAAAUGUUAUAUCAAUAGAAAUAUAGUUUAUUGAUCGUUAUGAAGCUAUAACGUUGAUAAUAUGUUACAAUUAUUAAUGAAUAUGUUAUUAUUGUAAAAUUCUGUACACGUGUAUCGUCUGCUUAAAGGUAAAACCACAUACUUUUUUUUUACUUUU